AUGAUGAAAGCACAGUAUCUCCACCGGGUUGACAAGCUAGAAACACAAGAUGCUUGGGCUUUGCUAAAGAAGCAGGUAGUAUUGAAUGAGAGUGACGAAGCCGACGUUGGUCGGUUAAAGGAUGCCGGGAUCAGAAUCGUGGAAAGAUGCGAUGGCUUGCCAUUAGCAGUUAAGGUGCUUGGAGGACUUUUGCUCAACACUAGUAGAACCAGAGAUGCUUGGGUGGAUGUCAGUAACCACGUGACAUGGUCGAUGGAAGGAAUGGAUGAUGACAUUAACAAAGCAGUCUAUUUGAGCUAUGAAGAAUUGCCUUCACACUUGAAACAAUGUUUUCUGUUCUGUUCCCUUUUCCCUAAAGAUGAAUUAAUAAGAAGUGGAGUCAUAUCCCAGCUUUGGAUCGCAGAAGGUUACAUACAAAACAAACUGAGCUCAAAACCACCAGAAGAUGUGGCGUUUGAGUACUACAAAGAAUUGAUUUCAAGGAACCUCUUAGAGCCAGUCAAAGGAAGCUAUGAUCACUCAGCAUGCACCUUGCAUGAUGUUGUUCGGUCCUUUGCUCAGUAUAUAACAAAAGAUGAAACAGUACUUAUUAGUGAGGGGCAGGAUAUCAGGAGAACUAUUGGUACAAGCAUAUCCACAAUCCCCCAAGGCAUAGGAGAUCUAAAAUUCCUACAAGCCCUUGACCUUUGUGGGUGCACAAAUAUUACUCAACUCCCUAACAGUAUGUUAAAGCUGCGGAAACAAAGGUCACUCAACUUUAGACGUACGGCAAUCACCUCAGUUCCUCGUGGCUUCGGAAAGCUAGAAGAUUUGGUCUUCAUGGGUGGGUUUCCAUCACAUUCCGAUGGUAGCGCAGAUGGCUGGUGCAGCUUAGAAGAACUCGGACCUCUGUCAAAGCUCAAACGACUGGAUAUAAUAGCUCUGGAGAAGGCACCUUCUGGUUCUAUGGCUGCUAAAGCGAUGCUUAGCAGUAAACAUCACUUGACAGUCCUAGAUUUGAUAUUUACCAGCAGGCUCGGAGAGAAUGGGGAGGUCGAAGAUGACAUCAGCAAGGAGGACCACAUGAGAAUAGAGGAGGUGUUAGCUAAUCUCUGCCCUCCUACUUGCAUAGAAGAACUAGAUAUCAAAGGCUACUUCGCACUUGGGCUGCCGUGGUGGAUGAGAACCAUGUCAGUCUUUGGAAGCUUAAGGCGGUUGCAGCUGGAUGACUACGCAUGCUGCACGCAACUGCCUAAUGGAUUGGGCCAGCUCCCUUUUCUUAAUUAUUUUUGGGUCCAUCGUGCUCCGUCCGUCCAGUUUGUUAGGCAUGAUUUCCUCCACCCCUCCUUGGGUGGUGAAUCGGAUGGCCAGGAAGAGGCACCACUGCUAAAAGGAAUAGAGAACAAAAGGAGGCAUCCUCAUCAUAUCUUGCAUGGUGCUGGUGUUGCAUUUGCCAAGCUGGUAGAACUUGGUUUUGUGGGCAUGCCGGAAUGGACAGAGUGGGAGUGGAAGCAGCACGUCCCAGCGAUGCCUGCUCUACAGGAGCUUAUGAUCCGGAACUGUAAACUGCAACAUCUUCCUGCAGGACUUGCACACCAUGCUUGCCGGUUGAGAGAUUUGGACCUGAGAAAUGUCCAGCAGCUGAUCUCUGUCGAGAAUUUCCCUUCACUAGUUAACUUUUGGUCAUAUGACAACCCAAGGCUAGAGAGGAUCAGCAACAACCCAAGCUUGCAAUGGAUUGAAGUUUGCAAUUGCCGGGCACUAAAGGAAUUGGACGGUUUGCCAUCCCUCCGGAGCCUAGAGUGGUGGGAUUGGGUUGCUGAUGCACUCCCACAAUACUUACGAGAGGCAAACUUAAAGAAGUUGCGUGUAGAUUGCAGCCGAAGCUUGCUUAAACUGAUCGCAUUACAAGAUGAAUCCUCUGAGUGGGGAAAGAUCAAGCACGUCAUGCAACUAAAAGCAUAUGGGCAUAAGACCGGAGAAGAGGAGGAAUGGUACAUCUACUAUACCAAGGAGCCGUAUUCCUUCGACGCGUACUUGGGCGAGUCCACAACAGGAAUAACACAGGAAUGCAGAGAGUAG